AUGGGCAAACGAUCGGGAGACUUCAGCGGCGGUAAGCACAAGAAACAGAAGGUGGGCGGGUUCGUGGACCCCAACACCCGGGGGGUGUACGCUACGUGCAAUCGGGGCAGAGAACAGCAGUGUAGAAAGGAGUUGAUGAACUUGUUCAGUGAGAAGAUCGAGGAGUACUUCGACUUGGCGGAAGGCGACGAGGACGAGGACGAGGACGAGAGGGAUGGUGACGAGAAGAAGCCGUUGAGCGUGGAGGAGCAGAUCCAGAAAGAGUUGGACGAGCUCAAGGAGGCUAAGACCUCCAAGAAAGAGCUUCUCAAGCCCAUCGAGCUCGGGUGCGAGUGUCUCGUAUUCAUCAAGACCAGAAAGCCGGUGGUUCCCGAGAUAUUGGUGGAGCGGAUCUGUGCCGAGAGUGCCAGCUCCGGCAUCAAGACCACCAGGUUCACCCAGAAACUCUCGCCCGUCACCUACUCGGUGAGUGCCACGCUCGAUGAGUUGCGCAAGUUGGCCAAGUUGGUGUUGGCGCCCCAUUUCCACAAGGAGGUGGGCCAGAAGCCCUACAAGUUCGCCAUCCAGGUGUCCAAGAGAAACUUCAAUUCGAUCCCAAGAGGCGACAUGAUCAAGACCAUCGCCGAGUGCGUUGGCAGAGAACACGGCCACUCGGUGGACUUGAAACAGUACGACAAGUUGAUCGUUGUGGAGUGCUACAAAAGUAAUAUCGGCAUGGGGGUUGUGAAUGACUAUUUGAAGUUGGAAAAGUUCAACUUGCAGCAGUUAUUUGAAAAGAACGCUGUCAGCGACGGCGUGUCGAGAGUGAAGCCUAAAAAGGCCAAGGGUGAGACGGAGGAUGCCAAAACUAACCCAAAGGACCAGAAAGACGACUCAGAAGGGGCGAACUCAGGGGAUGACAAGACUGAUUAG